GUCCCAGAACGCAAAAAAAAAUUCUUCCGGCUGUACUUCUGAUCGGAUUUCUGAUGGAAUCAAGGCAGUUAUGGACCAAUCUGCUUGUGAAAAGGUUGAUCAUAGAUCUAAAAUCUUACCAAGAAGAUUCGAUUGCUCUUCACUCCUACACGCUGUCGCAGUUUGAACCACUAAUCGCGAGUGCGCAAACCAUUUUGUCCAAGUGUACAGUUUUAGAAGCUAGUAAAGACGACGACGACAUGAAAAAGAUUGUGGAUAACAGCUAUCUCCCGGAAAUCAUCCGAUGCCAUGUGUGUAAUGAAUCAGUUGCGAGCUAUCAUACGUUUAAGGAUCAUCUGCAAAGUAAACAUGGAAUCUUCUUCAAUGCUGAACCGAAGCUCGCUUCUAUUGUAUCGCCCCAAAUACCGCCAACAAACCCAGCACAUGUUUCCUUUUUGGAACCUAAUUGCAUACGACCGACGACCGAGAAUCUUUCGAAAAGCACCAAAAACUUCCUGAGCAAGGACCCGGAUCGUGUCGCUAGAAAUCAUAUGGCAAUGGGUGAUCUGAUUCGAAACGAUUCCAAAAACCGUCACCAUCUGUCGCAAUUGCAAAACAUACUUAUUGAGCACUUUCCAAGCGUUGUCUGUUACCAGUUUGGAUCGCGUAGCCUCGGUACCGCUUCAAUUACCAGCGAUAUUGAUGUGUUCGUUGAUUUGGAAGGCACAUUCUAUGGAAGGGAGGGAAAGCACGAUGUCUCCACACCGCAGGAAGCGGUUCAAGUGGUAAAAUCUAUCUUGGAGAAUACGUCCCUUUGGGUGAUAGAAGUUGCGAGUCCCAAGGCAAGAGUGCCGUUGUUGAAAGUGGUCCACUUGGAUACUGGCAUGAAGUGCGAUCUUACGUUCACCGAUGGUCUGGGAUAUUGCAAUACCAAAUUGCUGGAGUAUCUGGUCAGUCUGCAACCGACCUGUCGUGCCCUGAUUUGCUAUCUCAAGCAUUGGAACAUCGAUAGCUGCCUGACUAGCUACACCAUUGCCCUGAUGGUGGUCUUCUUUUAUCAGUGCCAUGGGCUGCUCCCUUCGGUGGAGUUUUUGCAAAGAUAUCCAUAUUGUGUCAAGAAUAUCGAUUGUUGGAACGUCGGGUUUGCAACUCCGCCCCUUUCGGAACUGGGAAUGAUACAAUGUAUGGAACCAGUCAGCGAUUUAGCACGCAAUUUUUUCCAUUUCUACAGUAAUCAAACGGAUGGAUUCUCAUGGGAUACCGAUAUCGUGUGUCCAUUCAUGGGUAGACUUGGAAUCACAAAAAAGAUAUUCAAGGACCCUAACCUAACCGAAAUGCCGCAUGAAAUGGUACGAUAUCGAUAUUACAUGACCAAGCACGAGAUGGAAACAGACUACUUGAAGCUGUUUGCAUACGACCGACCGUUCGUCGUACAAGAUCCUAUCGAUCUAUCGCACAACGUUGCCAAAGGCAUAGCUGCAGUAAAGGCGGCUAAAUUUAUAAGAUAUUUCUAUCUAAGUGCACUUUAUCUGUCCGCAUAGUAUCAUUAAGAACACUUCUUAAUGAUACUAUGCGGACAGAUAACACUUGAGUUAAAAGUAGCCAGUGACGAUAACGUGCUCAUACGGGUGCACAACGAAUUAUUUUCAAAGAAGUAGGGUUACAAAGAACAAUGAUUUUUACCAUUGAAUGUGCCAUUAGAAAAGAAGAGAAAGGUGAAUUUUACGAGAGGACAGCUAACAAACCAUCGGGACAUUAGACAAGUUUGUCAAAUGUGUCUUUACAACGACUAGUUCUCUCUUGAAGCAAUCUAAGAUGCAAUAUAUUUAUAAUAAAAACGAUGAACUCAAGCACGGU